GGGGACGGACGGCGGGUUGCAAAUUUCGAUUUUCGGAGGAUGCACAACAUUUUCUCUGAUGUGGGCGUGUAGCUUCUGUAAACUUAUUAAUCCUAAAACAUAAAUAGUCGCGUUCGGGCACACAGCAGAAAAUGAUGCAUCCCGUUGCAAGCAGUAAUCCAGCUUUCUGUGGGCCUGGCAAGCCUUCCUGUCUCAAUGAAGAUGCCAUGAGAGCUGCUGAUCAGUUUGACAUAUAUUCCUCCCAGCAAAACAAAUACAGUCACGCAGUCAGCCACAAACCAAUGGUUUGUCAGAGGCAAGACCCAUUAAAUGAAACACACUUGCAGACUACGAGUGGCAGAAACAUAGAGAUAAAAGAUGAACUUAAAAAAAAGAAAAAUCUCAACCGAUCUGGUAAGCGUGGCCGGCCUUCAGGAACCACCAAAUCAGCGGGAUACCGGACCAGCACAGGCAGACCCCUGGGUACCACCAAAGCGGCUGGAUUUAAGACAAGUCCAGGCAGACCUUUGGGUACAACUAAAGCUGCGGGAUACAAAGUCAGCCCAGGGAGACCUCCAGGUAGCAUUAAAGCUCUAUCCCGUCUUGCCGAUCUUGGUUAUGGCUGUGGCACUGCUGCCUUUCCUUACCCUAUGAUGCAUGGCAGAGCAGUUCACGGGGUAGAGGAAACCAGCAGCGAAGUCAAGCCACCCAACGAGUGAAGGAGGCAGGAUAGGAGGGCCAGGUUUAGAAGGAAGAUUGUGAAUAAUCCCAAAGUUUCUUGAUUUUUAUCUUGACAUACACAUAACUUUAUGGCCUGGGCUUUCCAAAUUUGUGUUCCUGGUUUUGUUUGUUUUUAAUUUUUAAGCGUUUUUCUGGUUUUGCUCCAUAGCUGCCAUAUGCUGACAGAUGCACUCAGGGCAUGAGCAGUGGCAUUGUAUCUGUACAUAGGUCCAAGCGUAACACCUAACUAAACCAUUUUUGCUUUUCCUUUAAAGUUAUGGUCACGUCUCAUUUCCUUACUGCUUUUGGGCCUUCCUUGCUAAAUAGAUGCUUCAUGUGCUAUACAACUGAAACCAUUAUACCCCCAUUUGUUUGUGAAGUAAGCCUACAGUAUAAUAAAGAUACUAUCUAAGGUAUUUUUCACUGAUGGAGCGCAAAAGCAAACUAAUGAUUCAGGAUUACUUGAGAGUAAUGGCUGUGUGAGUCUUUGUAACAUUUAUUUUCAUGAGACCAGAGACAGAUACUUGUGUGUUUUGGCAUUUACUUAGACUUCAGAUGUUAAAAAUCUUAUUUUUAAAGUUCUAGGUUAAGCGCUUCUUAUUUAUUGAUUUACAUGGCAUUAAUUGAUUUAACCAUUAUUCCUAAAAUAAUUCUUUAAUAUUUGCCUUUCAGGAGUGAAGGUUGUGUAUUUUUAAUUGCCUAAAAACAUAUGUACCAAACACUACAAACAAUUCAUAUUUACAGAAAAUUUAAACUAUUUUAUAAAAACCACAAACUUUUGUGAAAUACAGUGCAUUCUGAAAAUAGCGAAUUUAAUACAAUAUAAAAACAUUCUUAAGGUCUGCAUGGAGUUAUAGCACUACAUUUUGAUUUUCAUAUACUUAGCAAGUUUUAAAGUAUUAUGUUUAAAAACAGUGUUGCUCAUCUAUUUGGAAUUUUUUAGUUUUUUUGAGUUGUCCCAUUGCAUUAGCACUUACUGUGUUUUCAGGUUUAUAUCUACCAAAGGACACAAAUUGAAUGGUAGACUGUAAAACUGGUACAAACAGAAUGCAGUUUCCUGACCGUCAGAACCCAAAUAUUAAGAAAUAUAUAAGAAUCCAUCUAUGCAUGAAACAUGAAAAAAAAUAACAUUGGUUAGUUUAAUUAAAAAUCUUACUGUGUCUCCAGUGAGACCACUCUAUCCAAAACAAAAAAAAAAUUUUCUCCAAUAAUGUUUGCUUUAGAAGCAAGAUAGAAGUAUCUGGUAGAGAUAUAUAGCAGAGAAAGAGGAAAAAGUGCUCUUCCCUCCUUUCUGAAAGUAAUCUUUCUUGUUACUAUACAUUUUAUUUAUUCUGAGUUCUAAAUACUGUAAACUUAGAUUUGAAAAAAUUCCAGUGAACUUUAAAUUAAAGUUGCAGUGUUUGUACUCAUGGUUUAAAAUGCCUUUGAGAUUAAAAUGUAGAUAUGCAGGACCCAAAAACUUUUAAAAUAAUUAAAAUUUUAAAAGGACGCAUAUUGUGUUAUUUGGGCUUGCUCUCAGUCAAUGCAAACUCUGAUUGCAAAUGGAUGUCAUGUUUCGUACCUUUUUUAUCAGGAAAAAAGCAGCAAGCCUUCAGGUGUUCCAGUGAUGCCUGACACAAUGAGUUGGACUUUAUGCUGCUCUUUACAGUAAGAGGUGUUGCAUUGUAUGUGGGGACUCUGUGUGCACUGGCUUCUAUGACAGUGACCUCAACAAUACUAGCUUUGCACAAACCGUAGAGAGCAAUGUUGGAUGACUACAUAAUCAGUCCUAACAUUCUGGCAGCUAAAUUGCUACAAGAGUUUCUUCUUGCAGAAGCUUAAACUAUAAAACUUUUUAAUAAUUUACUCAGAACAGUAUAACUUCUGACACACAAAUGCUUGCAUUUUUAUUCAUAUGUUAAUCUUCCACUUUUUUUCUUUAUCUGUCAUUUAGCAGUUUUUCAAGAUGAUGUUUAGCAUUUUGCUGCUUAGAAAUCUUUCCAGCUAGUGUCUGAAGGUAGUUUCAUUAAAUGUUGUACUGUAGAAUAAUAUAUGCCAUCGUCAAGGAUUUUGUUGUAUGUUGUUUUAUAGUAAGUCCAUUUGACGUUUCCUUUUCAUGCCUGAUUUUGUUACACAUAGCCCCUCUUGCCCCGUACCUUUUCUGUAUUCGUUUCCCUCCAGCACAUCUACUCAGUGGUGCUGUGCUGUGUGUCAGAAGGUAAAAGCAGGUGUAUCAUUGUAUAAUUAAUUUUGUAUACAUGUUUAUGAAAUGGUGAAAUUAACUAAAAGAGGUAUGCUCAUAACAGUGUUUAUUAUCAGGAGCUAUGUCCCAGGGAAAAAAAGGGGCUACUGGCUGCCGUUGUGAAUGGAUAACACCAUUUAGAAAGCUGAAUUUACUGUUCAUGUGAGCAGUUACCUGGAGUAUUAGAUCUGUACACUGGUGAGCAUCUCCUGCUUCCACUUACUUUUCUCCUUGUGAACAGUUUACUGGUGCCAUGCUGAAGAGAAAGACAUCUAAGUGAUAACAUGGAUGAAGUCUUAAAAUAUAAAAUAUUUUUACUUCUAUAUAACCUAAAGACUACAUUGUGCAUCUUUUGUAACACUGUCUCUUGUCAUGAUAAACACUGAAAUAGCAUGUUAACAGUUGCCUAUACUUUCAUAUAAUCAGUAGGGAAAACUGGCCUUUUCCCUCCACUGUAUGAUUGUUCUUCAAAAGGUAAAUUGCUAAUUUUAUACUUUGUAAUUCUGUUCUUCACAACUAGGUUUCACUAUUCUAUAUUAAAACUGUUGGUCAGAAAAAGAUCUGCUAUUCAAGUAAGUUUGCUUUACUUUUUUCUUUAAAACAUAUAUUAACAUGCCUUAUUUAUUAUUAUAUUAACAAAUAAGAAGCUAAUACAGAUGAAGUUUUCAUUUUUUGACAGAUAUUACCUUGCAUAACUAAUCUUUACUACGGGAUGAUUUUGAUACUAUCUUUGGAGUUUUGCACUGGAUUUAAAAAUACAUAUACUGGCACUACAUAUUGGAAGAAAAUAAGUAGUAUCUGGUUUAAUUUGAAGUAUUUGGGUACAUUUUUUAAAUCAGUGUUUCAAUUAGACUAAAAGUUUAUAUUUUUAAUUUACUUUUUAAAAGAAACAUCUGUCAAAGAAAUAUUCCAAACUGAUGUUUGUGUGAAUUUACAUGUAUAUUUUCUUGAAAUAAAAACAGUUUCUUUGAGUUACGGAGGAUAACAUAAUUGAUCUAUUCAUGAGGUUAAAGAUGACCCAUCCAGUGUAAGAAUAACCACAGUGUAUGAGCUAAAGAAAAAAAAUUCAGCCUCUCUUUUACAUUUUGUGAAGCUUUAAAAAGAACAGUUCAGGGGAUAUUGAUAACUGCUACUCUGUCAGUCAUUGUCUCUGUAUGCAGUAAAAUUUUAUGAUCCCUUUAUAGUGAAGUAAAAAAAUUUCACAACAAAACAUUAUUUUCCUUGGACAUAAAAAAUGUUGAUGCUAUUAUGUUUUUGUUUUUAUUAUACCUUAUCUAUAUGCUAUUAAACUCUAGGAUGUAUCUAAAUCUUUUCCCCUUUUUUCCUCCUUCCUCCCCUCAAGUAGAUAAAUCUGUACUCUCACAUAUAAUGUAUUUAAUUUUUGGAAAAUUUAAUGCUAUCGUAAAUCAAGUGUGUGAUUUAAAGUAAUCAGACCACUUUGAUUCUUUUAAGUUUUCACAGUUUCCUUUUUCAAACACAAAUAAUUAUGGAGAGAAUAAUUACCAAUUAACUGAUAAUAAGCACGCUGUCCUCUGCUGUAAAAAGUCUGAAUAGAUACUGUGUAUGUUUUUAUGUCCAUGAACUUGAGCUACUCGUGUGCAAUUAUGUGUAUGGGAAUGGAGUAGUGUUCAUGAUUUGUAUCUACAUCAUCAUAUGGAUGUAUAUUUAUUAAUAAAGUCAUUACCUUAAAA